AUGGUUGUUUCUUUAGGAUCAGUGCUAAUUAUUUUAUUUCUAUCGGACAAUGUUGCGUCACUUGUUGUUCACGAUACCAUUGAUCUUAAUCAAUCAAAGCCUAUUGAAUAUUAUAAUAGUUCAUUGAAUACAUGCUCAAAAAUUCGAACUAAUUGUAGUUCACAAGAUGGCUUGAUUAUUCCUCUAUGGCGGCCACAACAUGGAAUAUCAAUUGGUGAUCGUAUCGCUCGUGCUAUUGUAUAUCUAUUAGCACUUAUUUAUUUAUUUAUUGGUGUUGCUAUUAUAUCGGACCGUUUCAUGGCUUCAAUUGAAGUAAUAACAUCACAAAAACGUGAAAUACGAAAAAAAAAUCCUGAUGGUACUGUAUCGGUUACGACCGUGGCGAUAUGGAAUGAAACAGUAUCAAAUUUAACAUUAAUGGCAUUGGGUUCAUCGGCACCAGAAAUUCUUCUAUCGAUUAUUGAAGUUGUAGGAAAAAAUUUUCAUAGCGGAGAUCUUGGUCCGGGCACAAUUGUUGGUUCGGCUGCAUUUAAUUUAUUUGUUAUUAUUGCUAUCUGUAUCGUGGCAAUACCAUCCGGUGAAGUACGUCGUAUUCGCCAUCAACGUGUGUUCUUCGUUACAACAGCUUGGUCGAUAUUUGCCUAUAUAUGGUUAUGGGCUAUUGUUGCUAAAAUCUCACCUGGCUAUAUCGAAGUAUGGGAAGGCACGUUAACAUUUUUAUUUUUCCCUUUAACUGUCAUAUCAGCAUAUUUUGUUGAUACAAAAGUUGGUCAGUUUAUACGUAUACGUAUAACAGCAAGGAAACAAGUAUCACAAAAUGAUAAUCAUAAAUCAAUUUCGUUACCGAUCAAUAUCGAUAAUUUCGAGCAAAAAAAUAUGUUAGAUGGAUCAAGUAAAAACUCAAUACAGAACAUAACUAAUGAUACACAUAGAAAACGAACGAUUAGCAGUAUGACGGGUGGCGUAAUGGAUCAAUUAAGUGGUUCAGCAGGUGGCGGCUUAGAUGAAGUAAUAUCACCCGAUCAAACUGAAGUACAACAACGUGAUGAAUUCAUUGAUAUAUGGCGUCAAUUACGUAAACAAUAUCCUGAUCAUGAUAUGCAUACAUUAAAUGAGAUGGCUUCUGUUGAAAUGAUGAAUCGUGCACCCAAAUCGCGAGCUUACUAUCGUAUCCAAGCAACGAAACGUUUAGGUGGCGGUGGAAAUAUUAAAAAGAAAAUGUUAGAAAAAAUCAAUGAACCAGACAAAGUCGAUGAAACCAAUAAGCCUCUAGCAUUAAUUGAUACAACAUCACAAACAACCAAAAUAUAUUUUGAACCCAAUCAUUAUACCGUAUUAGAAAAUGCCGGCUUUGUGAAAAUACAUGUUUUACGUACAGAUGGUAAUUUACGAAAUACAGUCUAUGUCGAUUAUGCAACUGAGGAUGGCACGGCAACGCACGGUGGCGAUUAUGAAUCAGCUGAAGGUACUCUAAUUUUCUACCCAAUGGAAACACAUAAACAAAUUCAAGUGAAAAUUAUUGAUGAUGAAAUCUUUGAAGAAGAUGAACACUUCUCUGUCAGACUAAGUAAUCUUAAAAUAAAAGACAAUCAAGGACGUUUAACACCAGGAGCAUUUGAUAAAAGCGUGCAAUUAGUUGAACCAUCAACAGCAGUUGUGAUGAUUAUUGAUGACGAUCAUUCCGGAUUAUUUGUUUUUGAUAAUGAUGAAAAAGAUGUUGUGGAGUCCGAUGGCCUGGCUCAAAUUACUGUAUUACGUACCUCGGGUGCUCGUGGUCGAAUACGAGUACCGUUUAUAACUCAAGAUGAAACAGCUUUAAUUGGACGAGACUAUCUGACCAAGGAGGGUGAAGUUAUUUUUGAAAAUAAUGAAAAUCAAAAGACAAUAUCAAUUCAAAUAGUUGAUCGUGAUCAAUAUCAACGAAAUGAAACAUUUCUUGUUCUACUGGGUGAACCUUCACUUAUUCGUGAAGCUGGUGAAAAAGAUGAAUCUACGAUGACAGAACAAGAGAAAUCAAUCGCUGAUUUAGGUCGACCAAGAUUAGGCGACAAAAAUACAAUUCGUAUUCGUAUACAGGAAAGCAAAGAAUUUAAAAAUGCUGUUGAUAAAGCAUUAUAUAAAGCAAAUACAGCCAUUCUUGUUGGUACAUCAACUUGGUUAGAACAAUUUAAACAAGCAUUUUGCGUUAAAGAUGAUGAUGAUGAUGAUAAUGUUGUUGAAUCGGGCGAUUCAACUCAAGAUAAUGAAAAACCAGCCACAUGCAAAGAUUAUAUGUUACAUUUUGUAUCAUUCUUUUGGAAGUUUCUCUUUGCAUUUGUACCACCAACAAGUGUGGCUGGUGGAUGGGCUUGUUUUUGUGUAUCAAUUUUCAUCAUUGGUGUUCUCACAGCCGUUAUUGGUGAUUUAGCAACACAUUUUGGCUGUACGGUUGGUCUUACCGAUACAAUGACAGCUAUUGCUUUUGUUGCAUUAGGAACAUCAUUACCUGAUACAUUCGCUUCGAAAGUUGCUGCUGAACAUGACAAAUAUGCCGAUAGUUCAAUAGGAAAUGUCAACGGUUCAAAUGCUGUUAAUGUCUUCUUGGGUAUUGGUUUACCAUGGGCUAUGUCAGCCUGGUAUCAUUAUUUUCAUAACACAAAAUUUAUCGUAGAAAAAGGUUCAUUAUCGUUCAGUGUAACAUUAUUUUGUUCGUUUGCAGCCGUUGGAUUCAUUAUGUUAUUAGUAAGACGUUUAAAAUGUUUCGGUGGCGGUGAAUUAGGUGGCCCAACGAAAUUUCGUGUUAUAUCAAGUCUUUUAUUUCUUUCACUUUGGAUUGCUUAUUUAAUAUUAAGUGGACUUGAAAACUACUGUCAUAUUCAGCUUUAA